AUGUAUUCAGCGAUAACCACAAGCACAACAUAUCACUUAGCUUGGAAAGAAUUAUUGCAUACAGAAAUAAAGUAUAUCAAUUUGUUACAAGAUGUUUAUGAUGUUACAAUGAAAAAAGAGAGUGACUAUCAAAAAUCAGUCAGUGUUACACAGAUUUCAUUAACUCAGUUAAAACAGAAAUUACUUGGAAAUUGGUCUGAAUUACUUUUGUUUCAUAAAAUACACGUCCUACCCACAUUGAAAGUGUGUAAUGGAAAUGCCAAGAUGAUUAAAUAUUGGGCUUCUAUGAUGGCGCCUUGCUUCAUAGAUCUAUACACUGUGUAUUGUUUUUUUCAUGAAAAAACAGAACGACUUUGUGGUUACUUCGAAAAUGUUUCAAGUAAAAGUGUAGCUUUGGAAAAACCAAAUGUAAUAAAUGAUACGGUUGGAAACUACAACAUUUCUACCGGACUAUUUAAAUCUCAUCUAACCUCACCCAUACGACGCAUUCAAUCUUAUCAUGUAUUAUUGAAUAAGCUUCAGAAAGAAGCAAAUUUGUCUGAUAUUCAAUACCUGGACGAUGCUCGACAAACAUUCAAUAAAAUAUGCGACACAGUAAAUGUAACAAUGAAGCUGCGUGGUCUAACGGUAGCACCAUCAAAGUUAGGACAUAUUUUAUUAGAAGCUGAUUUCACUGUUAACCGAACCAUCAAACCUAUUAAGUCAAGACGACAUUUUCAUGUAAUCUUAUUUACUGAAAUGUUACUAUUGACAAAAUACUGUGUUUCGUUUAAAGAAUCGAUUUCGAAUAAUAAAGGCAUUGAAAGUCAAUUUCCGAAUUUAGAUGAUUAUAUGGCCUUCUUUGAUUUUUCACAUAAUACCAAUCUUAGUUGUAAUAAGUCAUAUGAAGUGGAAGAAGAAUUGUGCCUAAAUAAAAUCGGAUUAUUUUCAAAUUCACAUGACCGAUGUUUCUCUUUAUUUACUGAGAAUUAUGGAACCACGUACACAUUUAAAUCAAAUGAUAAUGGAGUUAAACAGUUAUGGACCAGUACAAUCAAUAAACUACUUAUAAAUCAGUUGCAUAAUUUACGAAUCAACACGAAUCCACAAUUACGAACAAUGACUAGACUACCAAUUUCAAGCAGUCACUUCCCUCGGUUGAAUUCGAAUUUGACAAUAAAUCCCAAAACAAAACAAUUAAAAGAGAAAUGA